GGAGCCGGGCCGCCAGGGCGCUCGCAGCGACCUCCGUUAGAUCUGGUGAUGGCGCAGCAGCUCGCCCGGGAGCAGGGCAUCACCCUGCGCGGGAGCGCCGAAAUCGUGGCCGAGUUCUUUUCCUUUGGCAUCAACAGCAUUUUGUAUCAGCGUGGCAUAUAUCCAUCGGAAACCUUCACUCGAGUGCAGAAGUAUGGACUCACCUUGCUUGUGACUACCGACCCCGAGCUCAUAAAGUAUCUCAAUAAUGUGGUCGAGCAGCUAAAAGAGUGGCUCUACAAGUGCUCAGUUCAGAAACUGGUGGUGGUCAUCUCAAAUAUUGAAAGUGGUGAGGUCCUUGAAAGAUGGCAGUUUGAUAUCGAGUGUGACAAAACUGCAAAAGAAGAUGGUGUUUGUAGAGAAAAGUCACACAAAGCCAUUCAAGAUGAAAUCCGUUCAGUGAUCAGGCAGAUCACAGCUACCGUGACCUUUCUGCCACUGCUGGAAGUUUCUUGUUCAUUUGACCUGCUGAUUUAUACCGACAAAGACUUGGUUGUACCUGAAAAGUGGGAGGAAUCAGGACCCCAGUUCAUUACCAAUUCUGAAGAAGUUCGUCUACGCUCAUUUACUACCACAAUCCACAAAGUGAAUAGUAUGGUGGCCUACAAAAUCCCUGUCAGUGACUGAAGAGAAAGUGAGGAAGCAAAGGAAUUCGCAUUCUCAAGUGUCUUUUCCCACAUACGAAGUCAAAUAUAGUUGAUGAAUGUUCUUCCCUUGGUUCGUUUUCAGGUGAAGAAAGCCAGGAUCCUACUUUGAUAGAUUUGCCCAUUGUUCCAUUUCUUGGGUUCCUCCUGGACUUGCCAUAGAGUCAGCAUAACAAGAUUGCUGCCAACAGAUUUUGUCAGAAUUGUGGAGUGGAUUCUUUUAGAAGUGGUCAUUGUAGAUAGAAAUUUUUUUGUUAGGAAGCUAAAUGCAUCUUCUAACCAGUUAGCUCAGGAAUCUUGACCAGAGAUGCAUCUGAAUGUAAACAGAGCAGAAGGAACUGAAGCUUUGUCUAGUUCUGAGUCAUGAAUGCUGUCUUACUGGGCCCAUUUGUCACUUGUCUUUGUAUAGACCCAUAUUGAAAUACAUGCUAAUGGUUUGAUUGUAGUGUAUAUACCGUGAACUCACAAAGCAGUUGAUACUGUUUAACUUUUGUAAUAAAGAACUCUUGUUUU